GCCAUCUAACAAGUGCCAAACUUGAGGCCAACCUCUCUCCUCUCCUCCCAUCUCAUUCUUUCCUAUAUGGGCACCCACAGAUGGACUUGCAGACAGCACAGUAACAGACUGAACAGUGCUGGAGAACUAGGAGGGACUCUCUGAUCGCAAGAUAACCAAGAAAAUUAACAGACAAGUCAACGAAUAUCCUCACAGCAGAGUUUUCUCUUCGUCAGACCAGCUCUAAAAAGAUAGAAGUGCAAUGGCAACACCAAAAAACACUCCCCGAGGUGCCAACACCCCUCUAUCCCCCAACCGCAUCACCCGUCUCCAGGAGAAGGAGGAUCUGUCUAACCUCAACGACCGUCUGGCCGUCUACAUCGACAAGGUGCGCUCUCUGGAGACUGAGAACGCCGGCCUGCGUCUGCGCAUCACUGAGUCAGAGACAGAGGUCAGCCGGGAGCUGACGGGCCUGAAAGCUGCUUACGAGACCGAGCUGGCCGAUGCCCGUCAGACUCUGGAUUCUGUGGCCAAGGAGCGAGCGCGUCUGCAGCUGGAGCUGGGAAAGCUGCGAGAGGACUACAAGGAGCUGAAAGCAAGGAACACCAAGAAGGAGGCAGAGUUGGCUGCAGCACUGCAGAGGCUCAAAGACCUGGAAGCUCUGCUGAACUCAAAGGAUGCGUCCUUGACGACAGCUCUAGGAGAGAAGCGUAACCUUGAGGUGGAAAACAGGGACCUAAAGGCACAGGUUGCCAAGCUGGACACCAGUCUGGCUGAUGCCAAGAAGCAGCUGCAGGAUGAGAUGCUGAGGAGGGUGGACGGAGAGAAUCGCAUCCAGACCCUAAAAGAGGAGCUGGACUUUCAGAAGAACCUCCACUCUGAGGAACUGCGGGAGACAAAGCGACGUCAUGAGUCUCGUAUGGUUGAGUUGGACAACGGCCACCAGCAGGACUUUGAAAGCAAGUUGGCUGAGGCGCUGAUGGACAUGCGCAGCCAGCAUGAGCUGCAGUUUAAAAUGUACAAAGAUGAGAUUGAGAAGACCUACAAUUCCAAGCUGGAAAAUGCUCGUCAGUCAGCGGACAGGAGCAGUCACCUGGUUGGAGCAGCACACGAGGAACUCCAGCAGACAAGAAUCCGCUUGGAGUCCACGUCUGCUCAGCUCAGCCAGCUGCAGAAACAGCUGGCAGCCCGUGAGGCGAAGUUAAGGGAAUUGGAGGACGCCCUGUCUCGGGAGAGAGACACCACCCGUCGCCUGCUGGGAGAGAAAGACAGAGAGAUGGCCGAGAUGAGGCAGCAAAUGCAGCAGCAGCUGGAUGAGUACCAGGAGCUCCUGGAUGUCAAGCUGGCUCUGGAUAUGGAGAUAUGCGCAUACAGGAAGCUGCUGGAGGGAGAGGAGCAGAGGCUGCGUCUCUCUCCCAGCCCCCCGCCCACCAAAGUGACAGGAAGUCGUUCCUCUACUUCAGGAGCUCACUCUAGAUCAGUCCACCACUACAGUGCUCACAGCUCUCCUGUCAAGAGGCGCCGCCCCAACGACACCGACAGCGAGGCCUCGAGCAUCGCAGGUGGAGCUGUGUCCCGCACUCGCAUCAGCCAGCAGGCCUCAGCCAGCGGACGGGUCACUGUGGAUGAGGUGGACCUGGAUGGGAAAUAUGUCAGACUCAGCAACAAAUCAGAUGAGGAUCAGAAUUUGGGGAACUGGCAGGUGAAGCGACACGUGGGAUCUGGUGUUCCGAUCAUCUUCAAGUUUCCAGUAAAAUUCACCUUGAAAGCUGGCCAGAGGGUCACGAUCUGGGCCUCUGGCGCUGGGGGCACCCACAAUCCUCCCUCUGACCUGGUGUGGAAGACUCAGCCCUCUUGGGGCACCGGAGACCUGUUCCAGACCACCCUGAUCAGUGCCAACGGAGAGGAAAUGGCCAUGAGGAAGGUCACCCGCACACAGUUUGAAGAUGAAGAUGAUGACAUGCAGGUGGCUCACAGCACCUGUGGAGACAGUGAGUACAACCUGCGGAGCCGGACGGUGGUCUGUGGCUCUUGUGGACUUCCUUCAGACAAAUCCAGCAACUGCUCUGUGACCUCAGCCUCCCGCUCAUUCCGCAGUGGAGGAAUUUCCGAGGGUUUACUGCCACACUCCUACGUGUUCAGCACCAGCACUCCUCGCAAGACUGGAGUCAGACUUGAGAGCUGUCCAAUCAUGUGAGCCCCUGGAUCCACGCUGAAACACUUCAACUCUAUUAGUUUUCAGUUAUUAGUUCUGUAGUUACCAGUUGUAGUUAUCAAGUUCAGUUCAUGUACUUUGGAAUAAUGUUCAAGAUAUUAUAUGCAAUAAAACUUUAUACUGCUUUUUUAUAAUGUACAUAGGCAUGCUUAUGGAAUAUUUUCUUAAAUUUCAAUGAUGAUUAAAAGAGUCACUUUUGGUUGUAUUUGUGACAUUAAGGAUUGGAAAUAUCUACCAGCCUUCCACUGAGCAUACAGUAAGAAUCUACUAACUCCUUUAAUGCCUUAAAACAACUGUCUGGGCCAAUUUAUUCUGAAAGCCUUGUUUACUGGUAAAACAAGAAUUCAUUGCUGGUAGAUAAAAUCAUAUUUUCUUGUGCUGUUAAAUCAGAUUUUUAUUAAACCCCGUACACAUACUGUUGCAGCAGGGUUGCAGUAAAGUCAUUUGUGUUCACUUACUUUGAAUAAAAGUUUCUUCUGGAGUUAGAAUAAAUUGACCCCAACCUUGCUACAGCUCUACAGAAUAUUUUGUAUUUUUGCUAAUAUCAAUAAACUUUUCUUUUUUCCAGAA